GCGCCGGAGCGUUUUGCUGCAUAGUUCACGUUGGGGACACUGCGGUAUUCGGACGGGAGUCGCCUGCCUGCUCAGCGCCGCCGGGACAUGCUCGCAGCCUGACUGACCGCAGGUGGCCGCCGCGCCCGGGACACGAAUGAAGAAGCAGUUGCUCCUCCUGUUCACACAUCGGGGACUCGUCAGCCGAGGGAGUCGCAGGGGGAAACGCCGCCGAAAAUGGCUUCAUUCCGCAUCCGCGCCGCGCGACCUGAGGACUGCCCCGACCUGCUGCGACUGAUAAAGGAACUAGCGAAAUACGAGGACAUGGAGGACCAAGUGGUGUUAACUGAGAAAGAGCUGCUCGAGGAUGGUUUUGGCGAGCAUCCUUUCUACCACUGUCUUGUUGCAGAGGUGCCAAAAGAACAGUGGUCGUCUGAAGAACACAGCAUUGUGGGCUUUGCCAUGUACUAUUUCACUUAUGAUCCAUGGAUUGGAAAACUGCUGUAUCUUGAAGAUUUCUAUGUUAUGGCUGAGUACAGAGGACUUGGCAUUGGGUCAGAAAUUCUGAAGAACUUGAGUCAGCUUGCUGUCAAGUGCCGCUGCAGCAGUAUGCACUUCCUCGUUGCAGAGUGGAACGAGCCUUCCAUCAGGUUCUACAAGAGAAGAGGUGCCUCCGAUCUGUCCACUGAGGAGGGUUGGAGGCUCUUCAAAAUUGACAAAAAACAUCUCUUGAAGAUGGCAACAGAAGAGUGAGAGAUGAAUCCAGCAAAUAAAUUCUUUCUAUGAAUAUAUACUCUCUAUGAAUAAACUCCCUCUUGCUUUCUGUGUACAGUUUGUAGUGGAAUAAAGUAGCAUGGAUGCUAAUAAUGUAAAUGCUUUGCAAGUGUGGUUAGAGUAAUUGGUACUGUGAUCUUGAAUUGAGGCAUCUGUGAAGCUGAAAAUGUGCUUGUAUGCAUCCUUAACCAGUGUGGGCUUGUUAUCUUUGAAAUGUGUAUGAAAACUUCAUUCUUGUAAGUGUCAUUCAAAUGUGUACAAUGUACACACUGGUAGGGUUUGUUUUAAGUAUUUCCUUUUAUAAAAAUAAAUAGUUUUCACUUCA